AUGUUGAAGCAAUCAGAGGAAUUGGAGCCGAUUUUGAUGGAGAAAUGCAAGGUGAAGGCGUCGUCGUCUUCUUCGGAGGGAGAGAUGUCGGAGGAAGAAGAGGAGAUGGAGCAGAGGCCGCCAACGUGGAUGAAUUACGGCGUGGCCUCUGGCAAGGGAGUCAAUGCAGGCGGUAGGAGGAUGCUUUCGAAGCAACUUUCGCUAAGGGAGACGAGGAUGGAGGCCAAGUGGGAGCAGCGGCGGAUGCAGGUCCUGCAGAGGAGGAAAAGCUCGGCGGCGGAGGAGCUCGAAAAGGAGCGGCGGCUUGCGAGGAUUCUGACCGACGAGGACAUGGACGAGCUGCGAGGGUCGAUCGACCUCGGUUUCAGGUUCAGCGAGGAGGACGGCGGGCAGGACCUCUGCAUGACGCUGCCGGCGCUCAAUCUCUACUUCGCCGUGAACCGUCAGCUGCCAACCCCCGGGUCAUCGACGGCGACCUCCUCUUCGUCGACGCUGGCCGGCCUUCCGAGCCCCCGGAGCCCCGCCAACGAGCAGGGGAUGACCCACGCCCAGGCUUGGAAGAUUUGCAAUCCCGGCGACGAUCCAGAGCAUGUUAAAACAAGACUGAAGCAUUGGGCACAAGCAGUGGCGUUCUCUCUCAGACAGAGCUGUUGA